AUGGAGGCUGUUGUUGUAGACCAGUCAAUCUCUGCCUGCAAGCAGAUUAAAAUGAUCAGAACAACCCCAAGAUCCUCUGAAAAUCUUGCUCCCAUAAAUUACAACAUCCAUGGAGGUCUCUUGCAGGCUCCUCCUCCACCUUCUCUCUCAUUUUCAUAUAACCCUCCAGCUUCUCUCUACAAUAAAUAUCGGUACCAGCAACUUCAACAAGUACAGAGGCAGCAGCAACAACACCCACCUCUCCUUCCUCUGCCGGUUCCAAACAGACCUCCUCAUCAUCACCAGUCUCUGCCAUCUCUCCCAUCUCGUACCCGAGGCCUCUCUCGCCCUCCCCCCACCAGAAAGGCCAACAACGCCAGAAGCCAAUCUCUCACACCCAAGAAACCAAAGUCAAAGCCCUCCAAGAAAGAAGAAGCUAAGCAAAUAUCUGACUGUUUGAUCAUUGCUUCCUCCAAGAAAGAAGAAGCUAAGCAAAUAUCUGACUGUUUGAUCAUUGCUUCCACCAACCGUUUGGGACCCGACCCCAAUGAUCUUCCCAAAGAUGUUACUAAGGUUUUGAUGACAUCAUCUUCAUCUUCAUCUUCAUCUUCGUCAUCAAUUGGUAAUAUGAGUGAUCUUAGUGGUGGUGGUGUUGGUGUGGAAGAUAUGGAUAAGUUUUCAGGUUCCAUUUUCACUCUCUCGCCACCUCCGAGUAGCUUGCCUCUCCCGAGGUUUUCUCUGCAGCGAAGGCUCAGUCGCAACGCCGAAGCUGCGGGGAUCGACGCAGGAGCAACGGACAAUCUCCGCCGUCUGUUACGUCUCCGCUGA